UCCGGUUUGUGACGAACCCAGCUCGAGGUUUGAAAGAAGCUAAAACCCCGAAAAAGUUUCUAUUUCGUCAAGUUGAAAGGUUCCUGUAGACGAUAAUGCCAAGAGGGGGUGCAAGAGGAGGUGGCAGAGGAGCCAAGCGUAUAUUCAAGGGUCAGAGACGACAUUUCACAAAUGAAGACCAAAUCAAUUCAGACUUGGAGAAAGCUGAGCGUGAACAGCAAUGGCGGAAAGCAAGAGGAGAGGUUGGUGUUGGUGAUGAUGGAGUACAGCCCGGAGACCUCCCACCCUCUGACUCGGAAUCAGAGGAGACAGACUCGGAAGAUGAAGUGGCAAAACCAAAAGGAGUGGCACAUUUGAUUGAAAUAGAGAACCCUAACAGAAAGAAUCGUUCUCAACUAAGGAAGGUUACAGAUGAUGCUGCUAAUACAAAGACAGAGUUAUCCAGGAGAGAAAGAGAGGAAAUAGAAAAACAACAAGCAAGAGAAAACUACCAGAAACAACACAUGGCUGGUAAUACAGAGGAGGCAAGGGCAGAUUUGGCCAGACUGGCAAUCAUCCGAAAACAGAGGGAGGAGGCAGCAAAGAAACGUGAUCUAGAGGCUGAGAAAGCCAAACAAGCAGCAGCAAAGAAAAAAUCCUGAUAUUGCUACGCAUAGAUAAUUCAAAUAUUUAAAUGAAUGAAGAUGUUUAAGGAAUGGGGAUACAGCCAGACUAAAGUGAUGGAUGGUGGGGGUGAGGUCAGAGGCUUCCCUCUAAGGCAUGUUACAUUAACCUGGACCUGCGGCUGACAGCUUCCUUGGUUGUUGUGUUCUCUAUAAGUCUUUUCCAUUGUUACCCAAAUUAAAGUUACAUUGUACUUGAUAUACACACAUGGUAGACAUUAACAAUAAUUUGAAUUUAAGAAAUAUCACAUAUUAUUAUUAUAAUAUCUACAGUGCAUUUUGAUUCAAAUUUACAAAUGGUAAUCGUGAAUACACUAUUCCCUAGCACAAUUUGUAUCUCCUCCUUACUGAUCAUCUUUAUAGCUCACAGUUCAGGCAAGGAGGAGAGAUUCUUCAAAAAUUAACAGAUUGAGAAUUAAAUUUCUAUAGAGCAAUUUCAGGGAUGUUUCACAUAGCUUCUAUAAUAGAAGAUUAAAGAAGAGGAAAAAGGAAUAGAUGUUUUGUAUUUCAAAUAGUGUUGUGAAUAUACCACAAUGCCUAAAUAUCCACUGUGGCAGGUAUACUUGUCAAAUUUGUAAGAAACUGUUUUCUACUUACAACAUUGUUAUACUUUAUAAUCUUACACACCUACAAUAAAUGAUGCAAAUAUUUAGUAAAUUGUCAGUAGAAGCGCUUAAUUGCUUGAAGUCUUUUUAUGUUAGGUAUAUAAAUGCAGGUGUACAUGCUAAAAGUCUGAAAUGACUAUGCAAUUUUUGUACCAUAAUUUAUUACCUAGGUAAAUGAUAAAAGAGAAAAAUACCUAUGGGUUUGUCUGUAAAACAUCCAAUCAUGUAAUAGUGAUUAAUUUUCAUGUCAAGAUCAAUUAUUUAUAUUUUGGUACCAUCAGGAUGCAUCAAGAUAUACUGAGAGUCCAUUACUUUUCUUAUUACUUGUUCAAAUGAAGAUGUUUUGAGACCCAGACGUUGACAAGGGUUCCAUAAACAAAAUGUUUCAGCAAAUUCCCAAUCCUCACGAUCAUGAAACGAUGACAGCUGAAAAAAUAACUUGGGAGAGGACACAUGUUUGUGUACUUCACGUAGUUAUAAUUGCCAAAUAGAAACAUUUCCAGUUUAAAAAAGAAAAGAAACAGAAUCAUGUUAAUUUUUCUCUCUAUCUUGUAUAAAUUAUGCUGAAAGUUUUAGAAUUUUCAUUCAGAUAUAUAGUUUCUGAUUCAUCCAUCAUGUGCACAUAAACAUGUUUGCAUUUUUUUCUCAUUCGAGAAUUUUUUAAUACUUAACAGCUAUGAGUUUUCUAACCUAUUUUCAUCGUUGUUUUGAUGAUUUGAGAAUUUCUGGAACAUGUUCUCUUGUCUGAAGAGUUUUAAGUGUAAACUCUCAAUACAUAGUAUCAUUUUAUCAAAAUUUAAUUUGAAAACAUGUUUACAAUGCACAAUAAUGUGUAUUGUCACAAUAAACUGAAUUACCAGUCUUUUAAAACAAAAUUUGAUUGCCCAAGAUUAAUUAUCUUACAAGCUGAUUUUAUUUUGGGAUGUCUUUGUUAUUACUGGUAUUUACUGUUUUUAAAAAUGUGAAUAAAUGAUAUAAGCUUCAAUAAUAAUGAAAUUUCAAAUUCUGUUUUGGAGACGGAAUGUUUGGUCUAUACUUACAAGAUAGUUAACUCAAAAACAAUUUAAGCUUCUCCAACCUUUAAAUGAUAAAAUGAAUGGAAUUUUAUAUCAAAUUAUGAAAUACAGUUUAGAGGAAAUUAUUUUAUUGCAAGUAUAAAUUACUGAUGGUAAAAUGAUAUUUUUAUGACACCAUUAAGACUUCCAAAAUUUGGAUAAAUUUGGAGAAUGGUCUUUCUUUUGUAUUGAUGUAUCCAUUGUGUUUAAAAGUUUGUGGUAUGCUUUCUGAAGUCAACAUUAAAGUGCUCAAAAAGUAGUGGUACAUGUAGAAUGAUUGGAAUGUAAAUCAUGUGAUUUUCUCAAAGCAAAUGCAUUAUUACAUGUCUUAGGUGGCAUUAUGGUAUAUUGACAUUUUCUGUAAACAUAGGGUUACUGCUACCAUAAUGGUCAAGUGCUAUUCUGAAUAAAAUAUCUCAUGUUUAUUUCA